AACGAUCCCUCCCUUUAUUUUUUUCAUCUGUUAAAAUUUUUAUUCCUUCCUUUUUUUCUCUCUCCGCUCCACUUCCUCUUCAUCUUCCCCCCUAACGUAACCCCGGUAACCAAAGACGUGAAAAGCAAGAGCCUCAGGUGGCCGCUGCCAAGUCCAGCUCCGUCGUUUUUUUUUUCUUCGGCCCUCGCGCGACGCCGCGUUUCCGAUUUUAGAUGCUGGUCUCUAGUAAGCAGCUCCCCAUCGGCCGCUCCCAGAGCUGGGACACCCUGGGGGGUCCGGAGUGCCAGUGGGGGCCAAUAGGGCAAGAGAGCAUAUACGACCAGCAGCACCAGCACCAGCAGCAGCAGGGCCGGAUGUCUGUGCGCCGUAACUCCAUCAGCUACGGGAGUGAGGUGGUAGGGGGCGGUCAGGGCUGGUACGAGCUGCCGCCUGGAGCGCGUCCCCCAGAUCUGGAUCUGAAACGCGAGCCCUUCUCCUACCAGGAGUCGCUGUACAGUCAGACGGGAUUUGCGGAGCGGCAAGACCCGCGAGCCAUGCGGAAGUGCUCGGUGCCGGAGUUGAACAGCCACUACGAGCGGCCCCCCGUCGCCCAUCGAGGGACUCUGCCCACGCAGGAUUACUACCAGCAGGACCCAGCGCUGACGCCACGCCAGCUGGACGACCCCCGGGCGUUUUACAGGGGCGGGGAGCAGACGCAGCCUCACCCACUGAACCGGUCUGCGUCACACUACGGAAUGAGCCCAGGCAUGGCUGGGGGUCCUCCUCCAUCCUCUGCGCCCCCGCCCUCCGCCCACGAGAUGGGACGCAGGUACCGCGAACCGUCUGUCUCUGCUCCUCCUCCACCGAACACACCCGGCCCGAAGAUGAUGCCCAGUCGGGAGCCAUCACCGGUGCGUUACGUUACGGAACCUUCGUCCCCAAGAUAUGGAUCAGAACCACCUCAGCUUGUUGGACGUGGGGCCUACACUGAUGUCAACAGCCGGGUUAUGGAUCCCCGCCAACCUGCUGCCACCUGCCUCGUUGUGGACCCUGCCUCCCAAGGCAUGGAUGUGACUGGGGGGGCCCGGGGGAUGAUGAGCCCGACGCCCUACAGUCCCUUGCAGCAGCAAGUGCAGCCAACACAGCAGUUGCAGCAGCAACAGCCAGCACAACAGAUGCAGGUUGCAACAAUGCCUUCGCCACAGCAGCAGAUGCAGCAGGCUCAACAACUGCAGCAGCAAAUGCAGGUGGCUGCUCAGCUGCAGCAGCAGAUGCAACCAGCCCAGCAGAUCCAACAGCAGAUCCCGCAGCAGAUGCAACAGCAGCCCAUUCAACAGCAGCCCAUGCAACAGCAGCCCAUGCAACAGCUUCCCCAACAGAUCCAGCCCCCUGUGCAGCAAUCAGUGGUGCCACCCAUGCAGCAAGUGCAGCAGCCACUGCAGCAGCAGAUGCAGAUGCAGCCAUUGCCAGCGACACAGCCACAGAUGCAGCAGCCAGUUCAGCCUGCUCUCCAGCCAAUGCCUCCACCAGUGCAGCAGAUGGCGCCGGUGCAGCAAAUGCCUCCACCAGUCCCCCAGCAGGUCCAGGCUGUGCCGGGCCCUGUGAACGCCCUCUACGACCCCAGUGCUGCCCAGGCUCUUCCUGCAGCUGCCCCAGUCAUGCCCCAGAGCUCGGUGGUGGUGAUGCCCGCUCAGCCCAUGCCACUUCCUCCUCCUCCGGUGACGCCGACCCCCAUGGCGCCGGCGCCUCCGCCUCCCGCCGACCCCAAGCGGACGGCCGACCCGGAGUUCCUGGCACUCUUGCGCAAUGAGGGCGUGUCGGAAAGCACCAUCAUGUCGCUGCUCCAGCAGGGCUUCGACAGCACGGGUAUGCUGGCGGUGAUGGAGGAGAACGAUGUGCGCUCGGUGGCGCCCAACCUGGGCCAGGCCCGGGUGCUGUCCCGAGUAGCGGUGAGCUGCAAACGCCCGGCCGAAGCCCCGGCACCCACCUCCCAGCCGCAGCAGCAGCACCACCACCACCAGAACCCGCACCACAUGGGCACGAUGCCGCCACCGCCGUCACGCACCCGCUCCAACAGUUUCAGCCACCGCAGCGACGUGUACCAGCCUCACCACAGCAUGAGCCUGGGCAUCGGCGUGGGCAUGGAAUCCCAAAUGCUGACCGCUCCACCGACGCCCAUGCAGACCAUCUCUCCCAGGAUGGGCGAGGCGAUCAGCAGGAGGCCCAGCAGCGCCCCGUCCCAACACCUCCUGGAGACGACCGGUGGGGGCGGCGGGUAUGGUCUGCCAGGAUCUAGGACCCCAGGACCAUACAGCGGUGCCAUGGUGCCCGUCCAGCCUCGGCCCAUGUCGGCGUACUCCUCCCAGCCCGCCUUGCCCAUGUCCGCGCACAUGGCAGCUCUGCAGCAGCAGAUGCCGGGCAUGCCACACCAGAUGCCGGGCAUGGCGCACCAAAUGCAGGGCAUGGCGCACCAAACGCAGAUUCAGCAGAUUCACGCCAUGCAGUCUCAGCAGCUGCCCGCUCUGCCUGGUGUGCCCCAGCACCUGGCCAUGACGCCCAUGCCGCCGCAGCAGGCGCCCAAAGCCUACUCCACCAACUACACGGUGCCCAUGGAGCUGAUGAAGCGUGACCGCAGCCUGGCGCCACUCACGCCCAUGCACAGCCCACACCCGAGCCCGCAGUCCAUGCGCAAGGCCGGCGGGCAGGGGGCGCCCACCGACGGGGCCAUGGUGCCCAUGGGCCCUGCCGGCAUGCAGGCCCAGAGCGCCAGCCUGGCCAAUCAGAAACUCAGCCGGAGGACCGGCCCCCCAGUCAUCGUGUCCACCAUGGCGUCCCCCGACACAAGUAUCAGGCCUCAGAUUAUGAACGGGCCGACGCACCCUCGGCCACUAGUGGCUCUGCUGGACGGGCGGGACUGCACCGUGGAGAUGCCCAUCCUGAAAGACCUGGCAACCGUGGCGUUCUGCGACGCCCAGUCCACACAGGAGAUCCAUGAAAAGGUGUUGAAUGAAGCGAUAGGAGCCAUGCUGUACCACACCAUCACUUUGACGCGCGAGGACCUUGAGAAGUUCAAGGCCUUGCGAAUCAUCAUUCGCAUUGGCAGUGGCUAUGACAACAUCGAUAUCAAAGCGGCUGGAGAGCUCGGUAUUGCGGUCUGCAACAUUCCUUCAGCGGCGGUGGAGGAGACGGCCGACUCGACGCUGUGCCACAUCCUGAACCUGUACCGUCGGAACACCUGGCUGUACCAGGCGCUGCGCGAGGGCACCAGGGUCCAGAGCGUGGAGCAGAUCAGAGAGCUGGCGUCCGGCGCGGCGCGCAUCCGGGGGGAGACGCUAGGCCUCAUCGGCUUCGGCCGAUCAGGACAGGCAGUGGCCGUCCGCGCCAAAGGCUUCGGCUUCAGCGUGAUCUUCUAUGACCCCUACCUCCAGGACGGGCUGGAGCGAUCUCUGGGGGUGACGCGCGUGUACACACUCCAGGACCUGCUCUACCAGAGUGACUGCGUGUCCUUGCACUGCAACCUAAACGAACACAACCACCAUCUCAUCAAUGACUUCACCAUCAAACAGAUGCGUCAGGGAGCGUUCCUGGUCAACUCUGCGCGGGGUGGACUAGUGGACGAGAAGGCCUUGGCCCAGGCCCUGAAGGAGGGCAGAAUACGAGGAGCUGCCCUGGACGUCCAUGAGAGCGAGCCCUUUAGUUUUACGCAGGGGCCGCUGAAAGACGCACCCAAUCUGAUCUGCACCCCACACACGGCCUGGUAUAGUGAACAGGCCUCACUGGAGAUGAGGGAGGCUGCCGCCACGGAGAUCCGUAGAGCCCUCCUCGGGCGGAUCCCAGACAGCCUGAGGAACUGCGUGAACAAAGAGUUCUUUAUGGCCACAGCCCCUUGGGGGAUGAUGGAGCAACAGAUGCAGCCUGAGCUCAAUGGUGCCACCUACGGGUGUGCUCCUGCUGUUGUGGAGGUUCACCCAGGUGACGCAAGCAGGGAUCAGGAAGUGAGCGAGAUGCAGGGGAGGGGGCCUGUCGCCCACUCUGUGCACAGGGGUCCUCCACCUUCCCAGAAUCCUCUGCCUAGCAAGGCCCACAAGCACAUCCGUGACCACAGACAACACAUGACUGCUGAGCCAUGAGCUCACUAACACUCACCAACUCAGUUUCACAUGCAAGACAAGCAGGAGCAAGGAACAAAGACACUGCAGUUCACCACAUUAUCAGCAUCCCAUGUGUUCCAACCGCAGGAGACACAUUCUAUUCUAUCCAUUCAUAUUAUUACACGGCUCCUCAGAAUGCUGCAGAAAGUUCCAUUCACAUGAAUGGGCCUUCCUAACGUUCGGAGGUCUGUUAAAUCUAUGUAAAAACACUGGCAAAGUAUAUAAUCACCGCUGUCAAUGGCAACGGGUUUUGUGCUUCUGAUUAACAUCUUUCUUUAUCUUCAUCACGCUGCAAGAAGUCCGUUUGCUUAUUGCAAUGGAAUUUCAUUGAAUGUGAAAGUCAGCAAGUAAGACGUUGCCAUGCAACACCUGGAACUGUUCUAUCUGUGUGGGGAACUAUUUAUUUUGUCAGCGGAAGCCACGAAAGGGUAGCAAAAUUAUUUCUAAAGACCCAUUAGAAAAUAAGUCCCUUCAGGUCGAAGCAAAACCCCUCCGCUGCGCGUCGGGGUUCUGUUCACCCUGUCAGGACUUAUUUUUUGAUAAUUACCGACGGACAAUACAUUAUCCCUUACAUAAUGACCGCUGUAAAGUAUAUAAUGACCGCUGUCAAUGGCAACAGGUUUUGUGCUUUUGAUUUGUGCUUUUGAUUCACAUCUUUCAUAUCAUUCUGCGAGUAGUCCCUUUGCUUAUUGCAAUGGAAUUUCAUUGAAUGUGAAAGUCAGCAAGUAAAACGUUGCCACACAACACCUGAAACUUUCAAGUUCUAUUUGUGUGGUGAACUAUUUGUUUUCUCAGCGGAAUCCACGAAAUGGUAGCAAAAUAAUUUUAAAAAGAUCCAUUGUGUGAAGUUUCUUUUCUCGUUUUGGCAAGUAGCCAUAUAAUAAGCGGGAUAAUGUAUGGUCCACCGGUCAUUACCGGAAAAUAAGUCCCUUCAGGACGAAGCAAACCUCCACUUCGCGUCAAGGUCCUGUUUACCCUGUCGGGACUUGUUUUCUGAUAAUGACCGGCGGACAAUACAUUAUCCCUUACAUACUGUUGGUGUGUUUCAAAGGCUUGCUAUGGCAUGAUUUGAGCAGGUACUGUAGGCCUACUUUUACUUCUACUGACUUGAGAGGCUGAUUCCACUUUAUAGGUGAUUUAAAUGAAUUGACCCCACCCAUUAACUGUCCCAGUCCUAUCAGUAACAAUAGCAUUUAGCAGAGUCUUUCCUGACGCCCCAAUUAUGUAAUUUCAGUUACAGAUGCAUUUUCGUCUUUACAUGUUUAGUUUUCACCCAUCAUCUAGGUUAUUUUUGCUGUUCAUGUACUUUUGUUAUUGAGUUUGAACUGAUACAAAUUAUAUUACUGAACAGUCUAUAUGUCCCACAAUAGUCAGCUUUGAAUAUCUCCCUGGCAGCUAUUUUUAUUAAAACAAAAAAAUACAAAAUGAUUUCCUGAGUGAAUUUCCUUGUCAGUGUUGCUUUUCAGUUAUUUGUCCUUUUUUAUUUCAGUUAUUUGUCACACUGAAAUGUAUUGUCAGAGUGUUCGUUUUGCAUUUUUGCUAAUGCCUCUCUCUUGUAUGUGAAUAUAAGAGAAAUAGUGGACAGAAAGGUUUAGAUAACAUUUGACUCAGGAAGAUGCAUUAAUACUAAACGCAACAAUAAGAGAGCAAGAGGUUAUAUCUCUCUCACACAUACUGUACUACUCUCUUUAUGCCAGACAGAAAACAGUGGUGUAAGGGUGAAGAAUCGUAAUAGAUUUGUAUUUUAUUAGUUAAUGAUCUGUAAUGAUGGUCAUGUCUGAAAAAAAAUAUUUGUACUGUUUUGUUGUUGUUGUUCUUGAUGUUAUUGUUUGUUAAUGUGUGGGUAUAUUUGUUGGGUUACACUUUACUUGACAGUAUCGACAUAAGAGUGACAUGACACUGUAAUGAACGUGUCAUAAACAAG